AUGUCAGGCGGUGGCGCUAAAAUCAUCUUAAAUUGUUUAUCAAUUCUUGCAGGUCUUUUUGUUUUGGCUUGUGGUAUUUACAUCUUUGCUGGUAGUUUCUGGCAUACAAUCAUUUCCUUCGUUAUCGGUGUAUAUUUUAUCUUAUUUGGUGUUUGUAUUGUUCUUUUCGAAUUCGUUUUCCCAUCAAAGGUUGUUUCAUUAUUUGGUUUCUACACAUAUUGGUUUGGUAGAGGUUGCUUCAUUUCACUUCUCGGUUUAUUAAUUUUAGAAAACCAUGGUUUCUUCUUAGCUGCUGGUAUUAUUGUCAUUGCAAUUGGUAUUGCUUUCAUGGUUCUUCAUUUCUUCUGCCCAUGUCCAUCACCAUUCUUCAGCAGUAGCGGCCAUAGUAAAAACAACAAUAAUGAAAGACAUGGUGCUGAACAUGCUUAA